GUCACAAUGGAGAUUCAGGAAGAACCAGCAACACACCGUCCGGACAACAUCGGUGAGGAAGAACUCGAUCCGCACAUCUACGACGACAAAGGCGAUCCUCAUCGCACCGCACUCGAGGAUCGGGAUGCUAAUGGCAAGGUGUCCUGGUCGACCCUUGUAGCAAUCUUCUUUCUCUCUUUUACUGUCCAUCCAGCCCUCAGCUUCACUUUGCUUACCGUGUUCCCUAUUAUGGGCCGGAUCGGAAUAGAGCUGCAGGGCAGUACGCAAAACGUCAGUUGGAUGGCUUCUGGAUGGUCUAUUGGGGGAAGUGUUGCGUUUGCAAUAGCUGGCCAGCUCAGUGACUACUUUGGUCGACGCAAUAUCAUUCUCUGCGGCCAGGUUCUAUUGAUCGUUGGUCAUAUCAUUGGGGCGAGCGCCCGCAGCGUCAACCAGUGUAUUGCCGGCAUGGUCAUUUUAGGACUGGGAACAGGUACCAUAUUUGUAGUGUACCCUGGCAUCUCCGAGCUGCUACCCAAUCGCUAUAGAUCCGUCGGCGUGAGCUUCACGGAUCUCUGUCUGCUUCCUUUUAGUACAUUUGGACCUCUCAUUAGCCUGAGUCUAUAUCAGAGGGCAACCUGGCGCUGGGUUUUCAUCCUGGGUGCCAUUACCGGCGUGGUUGCUUUUAUAGGAACGGCGAUCUUCUACACACCACCAUCGCGGCCACUGAGAGAUCGCACUCGCCGGCAAAUCCUGCGCGAGCUCGAUUAUCUUGGCAUCUUCCUUUAUAGCGCCGGCCUUGUCAUCUUUCUUCUUGGUCUUGGAUGGGCCGGUGUAACGAAGCCAUGGAAGAGUGCUGCAGUGUUAGCACCGUUGAUAAUAGGGUUUUUGGUCUUUGUUUCAGCCUUUGUCUGGGAUUUCAGCGGUUACGCCAAACGACCAAAUUUCCCAUAUCACAUAAUGUCGAACGUCCGCGAGUAUACCAUUUUAUUGGUUCUCAUCUUCGUGGUCGGACUUGUUUACAUAUCAAUGACUGACUUAAUCCCUGCGAAUAUCGCAGCCGUGUAUACCAGCGACUCCAUCAAAGCAGGAGACUACAACAUCCCUGCUGGCUUUGGCGGGUCAAUUGGAGGAGUAGUGCUUGGUAGUCUUUCCUACCGCAUUCGAUAUAUCCAUUUACAGUUCGCGGUAGCCAUUGCUAUUCAGACUAUUUUCACGGCUCUGCUCGCCCUCAGCACGCCUAAUAGACUACCAUUAGCCAUUGUCUGCCAAUUCUUCGCCAAUAUGCCGUUCGCAUGGAUCACCACAUGCUGCUAUCUGACUGCAGGCAUUCACGUGCCCCAAAGAAACAUUGGCUUGGCAAUGGGGCUCCUGGGAACAUUCAGAUUUCUGGGAGGUGCCAUUGGCACCACAAUAUUCUCAACUAUUCUAGAGAAUAAAUCCACGCCGGCUAUUCUCCACCGUGUAACAGACGCGGUGCUACCACUAGGGUUUCCUCCCGGUGAAAUUCCAGCAUUGAUAUCCUACUUGUCAAACGGCAGCCCAUUUCUAAACCAAACUGUAUCAACUGAUGUAGUCAACGCCGCCACAACAGCGAUCAGAUGGGGAUGGAGUGAUGCAUACAAGAUCGUGUGGCUAACCACUAUCCCGUUUGGAGUCAUCGCGUUUGCGGGUGCAUUCUUCGUGCGAGAUCCGUCGCCAUACUUGACAAAACAUAUCGCUGUCACGCUGGAGAAGGAGCGGUUGAAUACAGACCAAAAAGAGAAGUCCACUGGCGUUGAGGUCCAGCACUUGGAGAACUCGGGGGAUAAGAAUGUGUGAUCAUCACAGAUCAACGCGUGUUGUAUACUAUAGCAAUUUUGAUGGGAGUGUAACUGCUUGCAUGAUUGAUCAAUACGAGUAUCAGAAUGUCAAUUUGAAACAAACUCGCACGCAGGAGAGUAAUCCGAGCAUUUCGCAUAACUUAUAUAUUGUGUAG